CUUAAAUUAUUAUUUUUGACGUGCAAGCAUUUUUUUAAAAAUCAUCGGUUCGUGUAUAAAUGCAGGGAAUUGACCAAGAUUGGUAUCAAUCUCAACAGCAAAAAAACAAAAAAAAAAGGAAAUAAAUCUGAAUUUAUGGGAAACUGAUUGCUGUUGAAAGUAAUUUAUACUUAUAUAUAAUUAUCGUUUCCAUAAUCCUUUGUUUGUAUCAUAAAUUGAAUCUUUCUAUUAAUUGUAACGUAUCAUUAUUCAUUAUGUAAGGGAGAAUAUAUAUAUAUAUAUAUAUACAUUUGAACGUGGUCAGUGUUUUCUUUAAAAUACGAAAAUGAUGGCUUCUCUGCACUAAAAACUCACACAAGUGAGUUCCCACAACUCUUCUUUUGAUCUUGUAAUUCUGUAGCCAUUUUCUUUUGUGGUUCUUGUUCAUAUAACACAUUCAAAAUCAUGUCAUGUUGUUUUCUAUGUAGGUUAUAACUGUUGAGAUCUGUCACUAUGAUCAGUUCCAAGAAGAUGGAUAGAAUCAGCAAUCUACCAGAAGCUCUGAUUAGCCACAUAUUGUCAUUCCUCCCCACAGAAGAGUCUGCUUUGACUUCAGUUCUCUCUAAAAAGUGGCGGUAUCUGUUUGCUGACAGACCAAACCUUGACUUCGAUGGCUCGGGCAUACGUUCUCAUCCUGAUACGUGCGAAUGGGAAAUGGCUGACACUCUGAGAGUCUUUACUCGUUUUGUGGAUAGAGUGUUGGUGUUGCAAGGGAACUCCACUUUAGACGAUUUCUCUUUAAAGUGUGGACAUGGUGUUGAUCCAGUCUGUGUCACAAACUGGAUACUAAAUGUGUUGGAACGUGGUGUAUCGGAUCUUGAUUUACACUUCAACCUGGUUGGAGUUUGUCUCCCUUCAGAGGUCUUUAUGAGCAAGUCACUGGUGAGGCUGAGGAUAGAAUCCCAAAACGUUAUACCCAUGGAUGUGGAAGAUGUGUUUCUUCCAAAGCUUGAGACUCUUUACCUCAACAAAGUCAUGUUAGGUAAUUGUGGAGAUUGCUUUGAAAAGGUUACUUCUGGUUGUCACGUCCUUGAAGAGUUAGUUCUGAUUAAUGUCUACUCUGAUUUUUGGAACCGUUCUGUGUCUUCCAAAACCCUCAAGAGACUGAUCCUAUCUUGUAUAGACUAUGAUAAAAAUCCUGAUAGCGUUUCAUUUGAUACGCCCAAUGUUGUCUUCUUGGAGUACUAUGAUUACGUAGCGGGCAAGUAUCCAAAGGUCAAGUUUAAUUCACUUGUUGAAGCUAGUAUCGACCUUGCAAUGACAAGUGAGCAGCAUGGACUUUCAAGCUAUGAACAUUUGGUGGGCGAUGUAACAGAUUUUCUCGUGGGAAUACGCAAUGUUCAGACCCUUAACAUAUCUGCCAACACUCUUGAGGUUCUUACUUUCUGCUGUGAUCAUAUACCUGUAUUCCACAACAUGAUUGGUUUAACUAUUCAGACACGCAAAUCAGGAUGGGAAUCAUUGCCUGCUUUAUUCAAGAAAUGUCCAAAUCUUGAAACCUUGGUGUUUGAUGGACUCAGCCACACAUUUACAGUCAAGUGUAUGGAUGUUGAUGGGUGCCUAUGCAAGUUUUCAGGGGAGGUUCCUACUUGCUUAUCAUCAAGUCCAGUGAAGGUUUUGAAGAUUCUGAGAUUUGGUGAUUCUGGUGUAGAAAAAGAGACAGAUCUUAUCAAGCACUUCCUAGAGACAAUGCCGCAGCUUGAACAGCUGAUGAUAUACUACGAUACAUUGUUUGAUGAUAGUGUGAUUGAACUGUCAAGUGAACUUAAGAGCUUUCCUACAAAAGCUUCACCAAGUUGUGAGAUCCAAGUAAUCUUUGGUGACCCCAGCAGCUAAACCAAGAUUCUCUCCUCUUCUUUCUACCUUUUUGCUUUCAAGUUUUUGUGACUUUGUGUUUGAUGAUUUGUGCUUUUUAUUGAGACUGCUGGAUUAUCUUUGGCUUUUCGUUUUGGUUCUUAGUUUGAGUGGCUUGUUUGCCAUACAAAUCACUCAUAAUAAUAAACUUUCUGAAAAAUUGCAUUGUUAUUGUGUGAAUAUGUGAACAUA